AGCUGUUGUUACUGUGCGGCUCCCGCACAUCAUUCCACCGUGAUGGAAAUUAAAUGAAGGUGGCUUAAUGCAGCUAACAGAGGCAUGCUUUGAAGGAUGUAACCAGGGGAAGCUGCGCUGCCAGAUCCUUUUCCAUGGGCUAUGGAUUUGCGCUGUUGAGGCGAGGACACAGCAAUCACUCAGCCAUGCAGAAGCCCAGACAACAGGACUAAUCUCUCCACCUGACUUGUGGAAGCUCCACUUUUUUUUUUCUCCUGAAUUAUUUAUUCCCCCCUUGCCAGAGACAGUGUGGGACAAUGGAGCCGGAGUGAAGUAGAAUUCGUAGCCUUAACUGCAGCCUGCAGCACACAUGGAUGUGUUCAGCUUUGUGAAGAUGCCAAAGCUGCCUGGCCACAGGACCAAAGCCUCCGGGUGGCCGCCUCCUUCAGGGACCUGGAAUUCUUCGCAGGGACCCCCAAAUGGAUGGGACAUGGGCACCAAUAGAGAGGGGCGUGACUGCUACAUCAACCACGUCUCCCAGAGCAACUCCCUGGAGGAAGUUCGUCUGGACGGGGACAAGUUUGUGCCACCAGCGCCCCGGAAGGUGGAGAUGAGGCGAGACCCGGUGCUCGGCUUCGGAUUUGUGGCAGGCAGUGAGAAACCGGUGGUGGUCCGCUCAGUCACUCCAGGAGGCCCUUCAGAAGGCAAGCUGAUCCCAGGGGACGAGAUCAUCAUGAUUAAUGAUGAGCCAGUCAGCUCGGCGCCCAGGGAGCGGGUUAUUGACCUUGUCAGGUAUGACAACAAACUAAGGAGCUGCAAGGAGUCCAUAUUGUUGACUGUUGUUCAGCCGUACCCAUCGCCCAAAUCGGCAUUCAUCAGCGCAGCCAAAAAGGCCAAGUUAAAGACUAAUCCUGUUAAAGUCCGCUUUGCCGAAGAGGUCAUCAUCAAUGGACAGGUCCCGGAAACCGUGAAGGACAACUCUCUUCUUUUUAUGCCAAAUGUUCUGAAGGUGUACCUGGAGAACGGGCAGACUAAAUCAUUUAAAUUUGACAGCAACACAUCUAUUAAGGACGUCAUCUUGACCCUGCAAGAGAAGCUAUCCAUUAAGAGCAUCGAGCACUUUUCUCUAAUGCUAGAGCAAAGGGCUGAGGGGUCUGCCAGCAAACUCAUGCUCCUGCAUGAGCAGGAGAUGCUUACUCAGGUGACGCAGAGGCCAGGGUCACACAAGAUGAAGUGCUUUUUCCGGAUUACUUUUGUCCCAAAGGAUCCCGUGGACCUGCUUAGGAGAGACGCAGUAGCAUUUGAGUACCUCUACGUUCAGAGCUGUAAUGAUGUGGUGUUGGAGAGAUUUGGGUCAGAGCUGAAAUACGACACGGCCCUCCGUCUGGCUGCCCUGCAAAUGUAUAUCCUAACCAUCAAUACCAAGCAGUCACAGAAAGUUUCCCUAAAGUACAUCGAGAAGGAGUGGGGUCUGGCGUUGUUCCUGCCUCCUGCGGUGCUAUCUAGCAUGAAAGAGAAGAACAUCAAAAAAGCCCUUACGCACAUCCUCAAAACCAACCAAAACCUGGUUCCCCCUGGUAAAAAGCUGACUGCCUUGCAGGCAAAGGUCCAUUAUUUGAAGUAUCUCAGUGACCUGAGGCUUUAUGGUGGACGUGUGUUUAAAUCCAUACUAGUUCAAGGCGAGAAGCACACUGAAGUGACUUUGCUGGUGGGGCCUAAAUAUGGCAUCAGCCAUGUGAUCAACACCAAAACAAACCUAGUAGCACUUCUGGCUGAUUUUAGCCACGUGAAUCGCAUUGAGAUGUACACGGAAGAUGAGAACAGGGUUAGAGUGGAACUACAUGUUCUCGACGUAAAGCCCAUCACUCUCAUAAUGGAGUCUGUUGAUGCAAUGAAUCUGGCCUGUUUGACUGCUGGCUACUACAGGCUGCUGGUGGACUCUCGGCGCUCCAUCUUCAAUGUGGCCAAAAACAAAGACAGUAUGGAAACAAGCCACGCAGCAAGAAUAAAGCAGAACUACCAGGCCAUUGAGUGUACGUACAGCACGCCGCACAAGGGAUGUGAAGAGAGAAACAACCAGAGGUGCAGUCAAGAUUAUCCUGACCAGGAGUGCGAAUACCUCGACCAUGGCCGAUUUGAAGGCCAGCCCGUCUACAUUACAGAGAUCCACCAGGCCCAUCACUCAAUUCACAUGUCGGAGAGGGCGGAGUGCUGCAGAAUUCCUUGCUCUCAGACUUAUCUCAACAUCCCAAGGCCCAAACCCCAGGACUCCUCCAGGAAUGCAAAGGUUUCCUUCAUAUUUGGAGACCCGCCCUUAGACAGCGUGAACCCCCAAAAUCUGGGCUACCAGAGACUGAUGGAUGAAGGCCCAGACAUUCUAGACAAUCACAGCCCCAUGUACAGGCGCCUUGAAGAGGACUACAAGAUGAUGGACGCCAUAGAAGACGGUUACCAGUACACCACCAAAAUCUUUGGUCCAACUGAGUGCAUUGAGGAGCCGCUGCUGCAUGACAUCUGCUACGCGGAGACAACAGACGACGCAGAGGAUGAGGAUGACAUCAGCUGCGAGGAGGACAUGGUGAUGAGUGACAUUGAUAAGCCCACCCUGCUCUCGCUCUCAGGGUCCAGCGAUGACAUCAUUGACUUGACCUCCCUGCCCCCCCCACCGGAGGGCAACGACGAGGAGGACAAUGACGUGCUGCUGCACUCUCUCAACAUGGCCAUCGCCGCUCCUCCGCCCGGUUUCAGGGACAGCUCUGAUGAGGAGGAGCAGCAGCAGCAGCAAGGGGCCGGGCCACGGUCCAACGACAUCCCGGUGUCUCUCAUAGACUCGGUGCCCACCCGCGGAGCAGAGGGCCCCGGGGAGCCUUUGGACGAUGCAGUGGUGUCAACCUUACAGGCACUCGAGGCCCUCGCUGCAUCUGAGGAGCAGAGUCCGGCACAGUCAGAGAGUAGCACAGGUGUAGAAAUAUCACGAGCCUUUAGUCCCGAGUCUUCGGAUUCUGGCAACGAGACAAACUCCUCUGAGAUGACAGAGAGCUCAGAGCUCACCACUGCCCAGAGACACUCAGACAACCACCUGAGGAUGCAUGUAGCCAUGGCAGAAGGGUACCACGCCAUGAACGAGGAGAAGGUCGAGGUGAGCGGACCGAGCGACGGCGGAGCAGGAGCUAUGCAGUAUAAUCCCCAGGAGGACCAGGAGGAGGAGGCAAAAUCUGCCGUCGCCUCUUCGCAGAUAUUUCACUCGGACGGCGGUGAGAUGGAGCCAGAGACGAUGGAAAUAAAGUCAGUCAGUGAGUACUUCACAAAAAUGCACAUGGGCUCGCUAAUGACCCGGCAAAGAGGAAAACAGAGGGAGGCGGAAAGCAGAAUCCACGGAGAGGUCUGCGAGUCGUCCGAUAAACGGCACGCACCCACCCAAGACUCGCCUAAGGAAGAGGCCCCUCAUCUCGUUGGGAAGUUGAACGCUUUCACUGUGAGAGAUUCCUACUACAUGAAUCAGCUUGAUCUGGGGCGGACUCACUUUAAAGACAGGCAUCAAAAAUGGCAGCAGAGGGCGCCCGGAAACAAAAUGGCAGAGAAUCUCGCCCCAGAAUGUGUGAAUGACUCACAAGCUACCCACGCAGACAGGCCGACUGCGAAGGGAGAGAAGCAGGACCCAGACGAAAGGAGCCAGCAGUUAAAUGCUCAUCUCCUCUCCCCGUCCAAAGGGCCCGCGCCAGCGGAGGGUGACGCCGCUUCGCAGGAUGGCGAGCAGCAGCAAGUGAAGCACCAGCCGCCGGAGCAGGAUGUGGCGCGGUUGUACGAAUACCACGUGAGCAAGCGCAUGUCGUCGAUACAGAGCGAAGGCGUUCACUCUCUCCAGAGCUCACAGUGUUCAUCCAUAGACGCCGGCUGCGGGACGGGCAGCAGCAGCUGCGUCACUCCCAUGGACUCCCCCCUCUGCGCCACAGACAAUAUGCACGUACUGUCAGAGUCCUCGCUCAAGGGGCUGAGUUAUGUCUCCGGUGAGGAGAAGGCUUACGGUCAGGGGAAGGCUGGCCACCCCAUGGACCCCACCCUGUUGAGGAAGAUCCAUGCAGCUACCAGUGCUGAGCCUGGGUUCGGGAUUGCACGCGAAAGCAGUCACAGAAUGCCGAAAAUAAAAGAAACCACAGCUUGCACACAGCUGAAGAAGGCCGGAGAAGAGUCAUCUUUAGCUCUCUGUAAUGAGACCAGAACCACCGCCACAACCAUGUCACCUUCAUCAUUACGAAGUAGCACAGAGCCCAGCGGGCUCACACAGGCCCGCCCUGAGCCCGACCCACACGCCAUGGCUUUCCCCUCAAGCGGAUCUACAUGUGUACCUACGACAGGCAGCCUCAGGAAGCCACGAAGGGUUCGGAUGCUCAAGAGGAGCUGGAGCACUUUAAUGCCCGGUUCCAGGAGCUUGGAAGCACUGGUAGAGAAAACCAAAGCCACGCUUACGGGGCGGAAUGAUGGUCAGAAUUCUCAAGAGCCCACAAACGCGAGAAGGACAUUUUCUGCCAAAACGUUGCCCAAGAGCUUGUCCCACAGCUCAGUCGCCUCUAAUCCAUCUGGUAGACGGACGCCCGACGCGGCAGCGUCAAGGCUUGAUGCAGGUACGUGGAGGUGCCGAGGACCGUUCAGUCACUGCUUCAUCAGGAGAAAGUUGAGCGCUUGUGGUAGUGAUGAAGAUAGAGAGACGCCCUCACAUGCUCUGUUCUGCGACAGGUCGUAUUCUUUCACCGGGAAAGAAAACACCAUCUUGAAAGCUAAGCAGGGCAACAUGGCCGCAUCCAUGAACGGCACGAGCCUGAACGCCAGGCUAGCUCGUAUAAAUUCAAUGAAGGGAAAAACCUACAGCCUUCACACCGGGUUCGCACUUGCACGGAAGGAUGCCUUGGAGAUGAUCGCCGUGUUGCGCUCCAGCGUAGGCCACUUGUCCGGAGGUGACGUACGUGAGGCCGGCGAGGAAGACAUGGAAACGUUUUCCCAGUUGCUUUUCAUGCAGGCCAAAGUGCUGAGCGGCGCCUGCAGUCAGAUGGCCACGGAGUACGGCACCCCGGAGGAGCUGCUUCUCACCCUGACGCACAGCUUCCACACACUGUGCUGCUUGACGCAGGCCUGCAUGUCACUGGUGGAAGGCCUGAGCAUCGAGGGCGAACGGCGUGAGGUGGUAGCCAAGGUGGAUGAGGUCGUCAUGAACUACGUGUGUCUGCUGAAAGCUGCCGAGGCGGCUUCGGGCGGCUCCCCCGGUGACCAAAGUGUGAAUGCAUUGACACAUUACUCUGCCACCAUGUCUGCUAUUAUAAACACACUAACUCACUCACUGAAAACACUGCUCAACAAAAAAAAUUUGUCCUGAUUAUUGAUUUUAAAGCCAUACAUAAGAGACGUGGGUUUAUCAACCAAUGUGAACUGCUGUGAAAAAAAAUAAAAUCUUGCCUUGUGUAUACAAUAUUUUAUUAUGUAAAGAAAAUAUGAAAUUAUAUGAAUUAUGAAAGUUUUAAAUAGAUUAUAUUAAGAAGCAUAUGAGCCUCCCCUCAAGUAUAUUAUCUAAUAUUACAUAUUGGGGAUUAUUUUAAUGAUUUAUUGGUUAUAUUAGGAGCAUUACAUGUAGAUGAUUCAAACCUUAUUAGUACCUUGUUUAUAAAUUGUAAUAUAUGUUGGAGAAAUGCAUACACUAUAUACAGCUCUAGACAAAUCAUUGCACAGGACAAAAUGUAAUAAUAUUAAAGUAAUGCAUAUGUUUUUCAUUUGUUGAAGUCACCUAAUUUAACGGAUACUUUACACAUGAACACUGAGUACUUUCCUGUUAUUUUUGUCAGCGUCAUUAAAGAAAUUAAACCUUGUAAAAAGUGUUA